AUGGCCCCGUCCAAAGGCAUCCGGCCGCUGGGCAUGCAGAGGAACAACAGCGAAAUUCCGGCCCCCAACAAGAUUCUGGAGCAGCGGGAGCUCGAAAAGCAGAAGCGGCACCACGAGGAGCGGCUGAGCCACGUGAAGAGUACGAGCCAGACGAACGCGCGCAAGCGCCUGGACAACACCGUGCCCAUGACCAGCUUAUUGCUGCUGCCCGACCAUAAGAAGCUGCUGCGGGAGACGAGCCGGUUAACGGCUAUCGAGUACGAGAACGGCCAACUGUUAGAAAAGCUAAGCACCAUCGCAAAGUCCGGCGCGAGGUUAGCGCCCGACGGAUCGGUCCGGCCCGGAACGGCCCUUGGUAACAGCGGAACCGGAAGCAAGUGGCCGUCAAAAGAGAAGGGGCGCCCCGCGUCAGCGAUCGAGGGAGGGCUCAAUCAGAAGGCGAGGAAAAUGGAGAAAGAGACAAUUGCGAGGGAAAAUGAGGUUCUGUUGCACCGGUUGCUCAACGCCCGGGGCAAAUACCGCCGGGCCGAGUGGCAGGAGCACGAGCGCCUCCACCGGUUACGGAUGACCCAAGUCUCCCGGUACGGUUCCCCGACCCGAUUGCACAAAACCCAAAUCCAAACCCAAAGUCAAACCCCAAACCCCAGACCUCCCUCCCGGUAUGGAUCCCCGACCCCGCCUUCGCGGCUCGGGGUUUUGAAGUCGCUGUCGCGGCCGGCUUCUCCCGAGCCGCGGCCGCCUUCGCCGCUUUUAGAAAGGAUGCUCGCGCCGUUGGGGGCGACCACGAUGCCCCAAUCGCCGGAGGUUGGUCGCCCCAGACCGCCCGAGAAAGUGUUGCGGGUCCCCCGGUUGGACCUGACGGCGGCGAUCGCGUAUCAGGAGGGAGGGGGCAGCGCAGGAAACAGCGAGGAAAAGGGUCUGAACGAGAGCCAGCCGCCCCAGAAAGCGUCCACCUCUAGUUACGGCGCGCCCCAAGCAGUGCCCGGGGGUUCGAAGAAUCGCCCACACACGGCGAUGCCCUUUGCCAGUAAGAAUCUGCAGUACGUCCCUAGUCCGGUGGAUAGCGACACGGAAAGCGAAUCAGACUACUCAGAAAGGUUUACGGACGAAAGUAGUGUUAAUGCGCGCGAAACAAAGGACGCGGCGCGGCCGCCUGUCCGGAAAGUCCGGAUAGCCAAACAGGAACGGACUUGGGUCACGUGA